AUGCUGCAAGUGUUGCUGUUCUGUUUCACCUUCUUUCAAGCACUAAGAAUAGACAUGUGCAACGUGGCUCCUGAAGUAGGUGAAGCAGUCGUUAAGGCUCAUAACGCAAUCAGAGCACAAGUUGCGACACGUGGACUUUACAAGAAAAUUUUCGGAGAUGCACCGGGAUCGAAAAGCCUUUUCAAGCUGGGUUAUGAUCGUAGUCACGCCGCUUUGGCUGCUGCAGUUAUUGGAAGCCGAUGCAAACAUUCCAAAAUCUACAUGAGUAGCCUACAAAAGUCAGAGAACUAUAAAAUAUAUCGAACAAAUGGUCCGCCAAACAACGAAACGCUUCUUCAAUUUUUUCUGUAUGCCGUAGAGGACUGGAGAGAUACAGUCAACCAUCCUCUAAGACCUGACGUAAAAUAUGCAGACACCUCCAUGGAACCUUUCGCCAAUAUGAUCUAUCACAAGACGUUGAAGUUUGGAUGUGCCUAUCGAUUCUGCAAAUCAAAAAGCAAGGUUGCUCUUGCUUGUGUUUACGAUAACAGACCGGUUCUGGACGAACCGCUAUAUUUGGCAGACUCUAUGAAUAAAAAAGGUUGUGUUAGAGACUAUCCAUGCAAGAAGAUCAUCAGUAACGCCGUUUGCGAAAAGGAAGGCGACAAAACGGGCCCUCUUUGUGAAGUGCCUCAACCCAUAGUCCAACCAAUCAUUGAGCACGCACGUACAACCCUAUCUCCCAAUGGGUAUCCAUCAUUUACGUUACCUCCUGCCCUGCCGGGUGGAAUAGGAUCUCCUGCCCGGCCAGGUGGAAUAGGAUAUCCUGCCCUGCCGGGUGGAAUAGGAUCUCCUGCCCUGCCAGGUGGAAUAGGAUCUCCUGCCCUGCCAGGUGGAAUAGGAUUCAGCAGAACGCCAGAGAUGAGAGAGCACCCACAAUCUGGGCUUCCAAUCAAUCUUGAGGCCUGCCAAGUACAACAGAUCGCAGGGCUACCUGCUUAUAUUCUUCGUUGUCAAGAUUAUGAUGAAAACCGGCAAGGAACAGUUCAUCAUCAAGCUAGGCCUUCAACUUUCAUCUGCGAUGUACAAGAGUGUCCAGUGACAGCGCCUGGUUGCCAAGGAGGUAAGUAUCAACUGCUUUGCCAACAACAACAACAACAACAACAACACCAACAGUAUAACCCAUCACAGAUACAAAAUCCGCCUCUGAGAUGCAAUGUGAAUCAACAGCGUUUCCAAGCAGCACAGCAGUACCAAGCAGUACUACCAACUUUAGUAUGCCAACAAGUACAACCGCAGAAUGGGUUUAUGGUCCAAGGAAUGAACCCUGGUGUUAUACCGCCGAAUUCCUAUAAUGUCGUCUACAAUGUCCCCUUCAGUCGCACUUCAAACUUGAAUGAAAGCAGCACAGAUGCAUUUCAUGGCUGAAAUUGAGAAGCAACGUAGCUAAGACUUAAAGAUGUUUUUGUGUUGAUGUUAAUACUUACAAUUUCGGACAAACACUGCAUAUUAUCAAACGUAAACAUAUAUUAUCAUGGGCUAUCACUAAACACUAUAAUUUGCUUGUGUAUGUGAUAAAAAAUUGG